AUGGAAUUCAUUUCCAACCCUGAUGAUGACGAGCGUCCCACGGUGCUGGCGGCAACGCUGACAGUGACAUGCGUGGCCAUUCUCAUAGUAGUUGCUCGUCUUUGGGUACGACUUGGUAUUAUUCACAGCUUCGGCCUGGAUGACGGCUUCAUGACGUUUGCAACGGCGAUAUCUAUUGCUGGCCAAGCCGUUCUGAUCACACAGGUCCGCCACGGAGUCGGUCGCCAUACCGGCGACAUUGACUUCUCGAACGAUUACCCAACGGCCAUGAAGAUGUCCUUCGUUUCUCAGCCGUUGUACUUGGCCACCAUAUGCCUGGUCAAACUCGCUGUCGGCUCAUCCCUGCUCCGCAUUGCCUCAAAAAAGCUGUACAAGAACCUGAUCAUCGGGGUCAUGGCGCUCAUGACGGUGUACACCAUUGCGUGCAUCUUUGUCGGUACUCCCAUCCUACUUCAGUGCACCGACGUCCGAAUCUUUUGGGACUUCAACGUCCGCGCAACAUGCUGGGAUGUCGCCACGAUCAAAGGGCUCUCCUACGCCAAUUCAUCGGUGAACAUCCUGACCGAUCUUCUCUUUGGCGUCGCGAUCCCCGCGCCGAUGCUAUGGAGCCUCAAAGUCCCAAGCCGAGUCCGAAUGUCGCUGCUGAUCGUUCUCGGUCUGGGCGUGUUCGCCUGCGCGGCGGCCUGCGUCAAAGUCUACUACGUCGUCAUGAGCUACGGCAGAGCGUUUGAUCCCACCUGGGACUCUAGACACAUUCAGAUGUGGACCGUCAUCGAGGCAAACGUCGGUAUCAUUGCCGGAAGCCUGCCCACGCUGCGGCCUCUGUUCAAGGGCUUCCUCGGGAGCGUGUACGGAAAGGGGUCCAAAGCACCGACCGGGGCCAACUACUACGGGCGUGGUACGCUUCGGAGCGGAAGCAACUGGCAGACGUUGUCCAACACGAAGUGGCCGGUCAACACAAGCGAAGCCGGGAGCGAGAGAGCACUCAGGUCUCUCAGGGACCAACAGGGGGAAGAGUACGAGCUGGGAGCUCACGCCGGCGAACCCGCGAGAACCACAACCGUCAUGGCGGGAACCAACGUCGACGAUAGCGACGAGAGUGUUGAUAAGGUCAUGCUUCCUAGCAGGUUGUCCGAUGGAGGUGGUAUCAAGAAGACGACCGUGACCACAAUAAUGUACUCGGGGCCUCAGUAG